AAAUAAAAAUUACGUCUUUCUCUGGAACUCACUCACGCGUGUAAUGGAGACUUGGACCGACGUGUCUGUAUCGUAUAUAUUUGCAACAUUACAUCAAAAACUCCCACUUUGAAGGCGAGGCAAGGCGGGGAACAAAGACCGGAAGUCCGUGUGAAGUCGCGCUGUUGUGAAGUGCGUUGGGAUUGUUCAUCUUUUAACCUUCACCUGCACCCCAGGUAGCACACGUGGCCGACAGCGAGGGCGAACAAGAUGGCGGCCAGUAGCAGCGAUGGAGAAGACUCUGAUGUGGAGAAGAACUUUGCUCUGCUGAUGGAGAGAGGAGCUGAGGAGGAGGACGGUGAAGAUGAGGAAGAGGACGGUGAAGAUGAGGAGGAGGACGGUGAAGAUGACGAGGAUGAAGGGCCAGCAAUGGAGACGAGAGAGGACAUCAAAAAAGAACUCUCCAAUAUGUCCUUUGAGGACGUGAUGAAGCUGCAGAAGGAAGUGGGCACCAAGGUGUACCAGGAAGUGGCGUACGGCGCCGCCAAGCGUCCGCACGGCGCCGCCAAACACAAGCGUCUGAACAAGAAUAGGCCCAUGGAGAUGUCCUCCAAGAGGGCGGCGCCGUUCCUUCGCCAGGUGGCGGGCGUGAAGAAAGCGAUGCGGAGAGACCCUCGCUUUGAUGACCUGUCUGGAGAGUACAAGGCGGACGUCUUCGAGAGGACCUACGGCUUCAUCCAUGACAUCAGGAGACAGGAGGCCCAGGUGAUUAAAAAGCAGCUGAAGAAGACGGAGAAGGGCGAGAAGAAGGAGAAGCUCAACUCCCUCCUCAAGAAGAUGGCCAAUCAGGAGCGAGCGAGGCGGAGUGCAGAGCAGCAGAGAGAGCGAGCGCUUCAGUUCAAGAAGGAGCAGCGAGAACGAGCCAAUCAGGGAGCACAACCCUUCUUCCUCAAUAAAAGCGCGGAGAAGAAAGUGCGUCUGGCUGAGAAGUACAAGGAGCUGAAGAAAAGCGGCAAGCUGGAGAACUUCCUGAGCAAGAAGAGGAAGAAGAACGCACUGAAAGACCGUAGGAAGUUACCAUGGCAACAGCAGCACAAGUGAGUGUGCGGUGCGUUCAGGGUCACACGUGAGAAUCACGUCCUGACCGGACGACGUAAUGGUCACAUGGUUUGUGUGUUGAUUGUUGUGGCACUACAAGUCAAACACAAUACAAAGAACUUUCAAAAUAAAAGCUGUAAAGUAUU